UUUAUCAAAUCCAAGAAUUCGGUUUGUAAAAAUUAUCUAAAAAUGAAUUUUAAAACUACCAGCACAACGUUAGGACUUUCAACAAUCUCCAAAUUUACGGGUUGUAAAUCAAGUUAUAAGGAUUCAAAAAAAGUUGAUGGAUUAGAAAAUCGCAUAAAAAUGUGGAGAGAAACGUUCGAAUUAGUGGCGGAAAACUCCGAAUUUGUAGCUACCACCCAAUUGGGGCCUAUGUUAAAAUCAAUCGGAUUUCACGUCGACGAUGAAGAAUUGCCAUAUAUAUUCGAUCAAGAAGAAAUGCGAUUAGGAGAUUUUCUUAAAAUAGCGAUUAAGAAAUAUAAACAAACUGAAAACGAGCGUAAAUUAAAAGAAGCUUUCAGAUCGUUUGAUUUGGAUAAAUGUGGGUAUAUUUCGGCGGAAAUUCUUCGACACGUUAUGUGUUACAUGGGCGAUCAAAUAAAGGAGGACACUACGGAUGAGAUUUUAAGACAAUUCGAGAUUGAUCCAGAUGAUGAUGAAGUUGAUUAUCUAGAAAUCGUUUCUAUCUUAAGCCAAAGUCGAAAUAUGAUUAAAGAUUUUGUAAAAUAAAAAUAAAAGGUUAUUAAGUUAU